AAGCCGUACAGGUAGGGAGUGAAGACGUCACUUCCGCCCACUCACCUGGCAGUUCCCUCUCUGUCUCUAUUCAUCUCAUUCGGCAGCAGAAUCCGUGAUGUCUUCCAGUCGUCAGAUCCGCGAGUUUCCCUCUACGGAAGAGCUUGCGCUCUCUUUGUCACAGCUCCUAGUCCAUGAAUCCCGUGGCAAGAGUAACUUCCGCCUGGGACUGUCUGGAGGGAGUCUGGUACAGCUGCUCAGCCGGGAAUUGCCCAAAACAGCCGGGCUCAAUACAGAGGGCUGGAAGGUGGCCAUGUGCGACGAGAGGCUUGUUCCCUUUACGGAUCCUGAGAGCACGUAUGGAGAGUAUCUGCGUCAGCUUGUUCCUCGUGGAGUACUUUCAGAGUCUCAGUUCAUCACCAUUGACCCGUCGCUGUCUGUGGAUGAUGCCGCAUCCGACUAUACCAAGAAACUGCAAGAGAUCUUCCCAGGCAAUGACCUUCCUGCCUUUGACAUGCUGAUUUUAGGACUGGGCCCAGAUGGUCACACAGCGUCCCUGUUUCCAGGACACCCCUUAUUACAAGUAACAGAUCAGAUUGUGGCUCCGAUCCAUGACUCUCCCAAGCCUCCUCCUCAGAGAAUUACUCUCACUCUCCCGGUUAUCAAUGCAGCCAAGACUGUGGUAUUUGUUGCCACUGGAGAGAGCAAAGCUGCUGUCCUGAAACGUAUCCUUCAGGAAGAAGAGUCUGAUCCUUUGCCAGCUGCACGGGUCUCCCCAGUGAAUGGUAAGCUCCUUUGGUUCCUUGAUGAGCCUGCUGCCCGAGAUCUAACAUGCCCCGUGGAGAAGCACUCUGUCUUGUAGCACUGCACUUAGAGCUCCAUAAUCCGGAGCGGGUUCAGAACCAGAGUCCGGAUCUCCCCACACUUCAUCCCUGGUGCUGCCAGGGCCACAGGCAGAAGUAGAGAGCCGGACAGAGCAGAGAUACAGGUCAAAGUCAAGCCAAGACAAGCAAAGGUUAGCCAGUGUCACAAUACAAAAACUACAAGCAGUGACUGUACUCAGCAUUUUGAUGGACAUGGGUGCAGUGACUUCCUGGACCAAACAGUUAAAGCCACGGAUGCAUAGACUCAACCACCAAAGCCACAAAUAACGAUGGGAUGAGCACCAAAAAAAAGAGGACCACAGAAGUAGAGAUAUGUAGCCAGAGAUGAUGCCACAGGACCAUCAACCGAACCUCAGACUUUUCCUCAACCAGAAGACCACAUCAUGAGCAGAACAUGUAGCUUAAAGAUCUGCCCUGCAUCCUCACCAUCCAUAUUCUUGACUCUGCCCACUGUACCCUUAACGAUCUGUCCCCCUCUCACAUCUGCCUCCUGCUAGGAUCUGCUCCUUACCCGAGGAGCCACAACUUCCAGAAGAUUUGCACAUUCAAAUCAAGAUCACGUGGCUACACAGAAAAUAAAAUGCCAAUUUGUUCACA